AUGCUCCACUUUGGCCGGCGGUUUGUCGACCUGUACCAAUGCCCCAUGUUGGGGACGGGCAAGGAGACAGCUAGGGAAAAGAGAUACCUGAGGCCACGUGCCUUGAACGGCGCUGCAUUCGUAUCGAAAAAGAACAGCGGAGUGCAAAGGCAGUGUUUUCGCCACAAGGAGCCUUCAAUAAACCCCUUCAUCUCGCUGCUGAUUAUUAACUUGUGCACAGCUAUCGGCAGCUUUGCCGUCCACCGCAUCUGGGGAAACGUGUCGGGGUCCAUUUGGGUGGAUGCUGCCUUCUUGUUUUGGUUAUCGGCAGUGUCAUUCUCGCAUUUUUGGGCGGAAGGAUUGAAGAGGUUCUGUCAGAGGAACGAGCGGGAUGCAGAUGAGCUGGCCGACCGUGAUUCCCUGUUCUGUACCAUAGCUGGUAUCAGGAUCCACCACAAGGUCGAGGGCUGGCAAGGGCGCACCGCCCGGACCAUGCACUUGUACCAUGGCUUCGGCACUAGUCUGUGGACGUGGGAGGACGUCCAAGCGAAGUUGGCAAGGCAGUGCCGGGCGGUGGUGAGUGCCCAUGACAUGCCAGGCUUUGGGAUAUCAGACAGGCCCCAGGCUGUUGCAGCCUACUCGCUUGGCUUCAACGGGAGGAUCGGAAGAGUCCUAAUGGAUUCCAUGCUGUCAGGCGGGCUCUCUUGUGCACAGGCGGAUGGCAAAGUGCCGAAUGUGGCUUUAAAGCCUUCGGCUGGAGUCGCAUCUCCCAUCGUGCCAGGUACAGGCAAAAACCUGGCAACAACUGCAGAUCGCGGCCUGAGACGCUCAGGCUCAAACCCCAUUCUUGCAUACUACUAUGCCACCCAGCCCUCGUCUCAAUUGGGGAGGCUCCAUUCAUGGGAAGAUGACCAGCAAGAUGGCAGGCAGAGGUUUCUCGUGGGCCACUCAAUGGGGUGUAGCUGUGCAGCACUGGAGGCGCUUGCAGACCCCGGCGGAGUGGACGCCCUGAUCUUGGUCUCCCCGGCUAUACUGGCAGUGGGUUUCCCUGGAUUUGGCUGGGCAGGAAACGGUGUCGAAGCCCAUACUGUCGAUGCCAAAGUCUCAGCAAUGGGUGAUAAGGGCCUCAGGGAGGGAGCAGAGUCUGGGAGCGGUGAUGGGCAGCCUCGGGCUGUGCGGAAAGGAAGUCUACAGCACGGCAGCUGGCAGCACAAUUGCUUUGUGAAUCCUGCCCUGCGCAUUGUGGGCAGGUUUAUGCGAGUGGGUUUGUCUCUGCUGUUUCUCUACGCCAGCGCAUGGGCAGUUGUGUUCCACACGUGGAUCCACGGAACCGUGCGAUUUGGAACACGCAGCCCAAGCUUCUGGAACUGGGCACUGCGUUUCACAUUCCACGACAAGAGUUGCAUCACGAGGAGGAAGGUUUGGUCCUACAGGCGAUCCAUGUACAUGAAGGGAACGGAAAACGGCAUCAUUCCCUUCAGCCUCUCCUGGCUGUCCAUGCACGGCACAGGCGCUUGCGGAGACAUUGUUGACGCCCUGGCGGAUCCAGUGCCAAGCACUCUGUGCCAGCGACUGUCUAGAAUGGUCCGCAAGACGGGCUUGAGGGUGCUCGUCGUACAGGGGGACAAGGAUCCUUCCCAUGGGAAUGGAAGGAGGCUGGCUGCCGCCAUCCCUGGCGCCCGGCUCAUCGAGUACUCGGGGUGCGGACACAACCCUCACGAGGAGCGCCACGAGCGGUUCGUUCAGGACGUCGCCAAUUUUGUGAACGGUCUUGCCUGA